AUGAAUAUUUUGUGUAAACAUUGUAAUGCUAAACAUUUCAAAGAUGAAAAAGUUUCUAAUCAAGGUUUAUCUUUCAAUGACUGUUGUGGUCAUGGAUCUGUGAAAUUGGAUUCAUUACCAGACCUUCCACCUGAACUUUUAAAAUUAUUUGAUGGAACACAUGAGAAGUCGCCAAUUUUCUUUGAACGUAUUCGUAAUUAUAACAAUUCACUGUCCUUUGCUUCAUUUAAUGCUAAUUUGGUUAAUUUUCAAACACGUCGACCUGGUCCAUUCUGUUUUAAAAUUCAAGGUCAAAUAUAUUGUCAAAUAAAUACAGCCCUGUACCCUAGCGAAGACGAAAGUCCCUCAUAUGGACAACUAUUUAUAAUUGAUCAGCAUGAAGCUUUAAAUUAUCGAGUGCAACAGAAUCCCAUAAUAGAUUAUGAAUUAAUAACAAUUUUGGAUAGCAUAAUUCGUAACGAUAACAUUUUUGCUAAAUCUUAUGCAAUGAUGAAAGACGAAAUACAUCUACAGGAACUGACAGCACAAUUACAUAAUCAAUCACCACAAAGUGAAUUACAGUUGAUUUUUUCAUUAAAACCUGGGCAAGACAAUCGGCGAUAUAAUUUUCAACAAGUAAACGAAGUUGCUGCAAUAUUUUCAACAACUGCUGAUGGAGAAAUACCAGAAUUUAACGUAACAAUUAGAAAUAAAAACACAAAAACAUUGCAAUGUAUUAGUACUAUGAAUCAAAAUGUGAAACCAUGGAUUUAUCCUUUAUUUUAUCCGUAUGGUACGCGUGGUUGGCAUCAAAAUAUAAUGCGCACAUAUGAAGAUCCAAAUAAAAACCGUCGUGUUACACGUUUGGAUUACACAAAAAAUCGAAUAGCUCUUAGAGAAGAUGAAUUUAAUCCUAUUAUAAGAGGGCGUCGACUCUUUCAACAAUGGGUAGUAGAUAGCUAUGUAAAAAUUGAAAAAGACAGAAUUGAAUAUAAUAAGAGUCAUCAAAAAGAAAUACGAGCUGAUACUUAUAAAGGUUUGCAUGAUCGCAUGAUAAAUUGUGCUAAUGACGUAAAUGGUCAUGUAGGUAAAACUGUCACUCUUCCUUCAUCGUUUAUUGGGUCACCUCGACAUAUGCAACAAUUUUACCAAGAUGCAAUGGCUAUUGUUAAUGAGACAGGAAAACCUGAUAUCUUUUUAACAAUGACAUAUAAUCCAAAUUGGCUAGAAAUAUCAGAAAAUUUGUUGCCAAGACAACAAGCCGCUGAUAGACCAGACUUAGUAGCAAGAGUUUUUGAUCUAAAAAAAGAUCGCUUGCUUGAUAUUGUUAUAAAGAAAAAUUAUUUUGGGAAAGUUGCAUCUUACGUUUAUGUCAUCGAAUUUCAAAAAAGAGGAUUACCACAUAUGCAUUUAUUAAUAACACUAGAACAAGGCUACAAAAUUACUACUGCUGAUGUAGUCGAUAAAUUUAUAUCAGCUGAAAUACCUGUAAAAAUAACAAAUCCGCCCCUGUUUGAUAUUGUUAUAAAAAAUAUGAUUCAUGGUCCAUGCGGUGACUGGUGCAUGAAAGAUGACAAAUGCUCAAAAAAAUUUCCAAAACCAUUCCAACGAGAAACUACAAUGGAUGAAAAUGGCUAUCCGCAUUAUCGCCGAAGCUGUACUGGUGAAGAUUACGAAUUACCUAAUGGACGUAAAAUUAAUAAUAGCUGGGUUGUUCCACAUUGUGCGGAACUAUUACUAAUUUUAGACUGUCGUAUAAACGUAGAAAUCGUAUCAAGUAUUACAGCUGUUAAAUAUUUAUAUAAAUAUAUUUAUAAAGGGCACGAUGCUGCCACAGUUGUAAUUGGCCAACCAGAUAAUACUAACAUUAUUGAACAUGACGAAGGUCGUAAUUUCAUUGAAACACGUUAUGUCGGUCCACUGGAAGCAUGUUAUCGAAUUUUCAGUAAAGCAUUACAAGAUAAAAGUCACGCUGUUAUAAGAUUACCAAUACAUCUACCGAACGAACAAACAGUAAUAUUUACAGAGAACGAAAAUCAAGAUGCAAUGUUAGCAACUUUAAAUAAUUCAAGUAGUAUGUUACUUGAUUACUUUACUUUGAACAGAACUGACGCGAAAGCAAGGCAAUAUUAUUAUUCAGAAAUUCCUAAACAUUUUACCUAUACUAAAAAAAAAGUUAAUGAUCUAUCUAUUUCUUCUUGGGGAACCAGAAAAAAUCGUUUCAAUACUAUAGGUCGUAUGUACUCCAUAAGUCCUGCACAAAUUAAAUUGUUUCAUUUAAGAUUAUUGUUACUGCAUGUAAAGAAUGCUACUUGCUACAACGAUUUAAAAACAGUGGAUAAUGUAUUAUAUUCUUCGUUCGCGGCAGCCUGUUUAGCAUUGGGAAUUAUUGAAGAUGACGAUGAAUGGAACAAAGCCAUGAAAGAAGCAGUGACGUGGAUGAUGCCUCAACGACUAAGACAUUUAUUUGUUCGAAUACUAAUUUACUGUCAACCUAUUUAUCCUGAAAAAUUAUGGGAAACGUUCAAAAACUCAAUGUCUGAAGACUUUACACGUAAUAAUGAUUUACAAAUGAGCUAUCAAAUGGCUUAUUCUGAAAUAAAAAUCUUCUGA